AAUGUUCUAAUGGCUGUAGCGACUUUGUAGGCCGAAGAGGGAAAUACAAAACAAGGCUUUAUAUCAGCGUUAACAUAAGGCGCUGGCGGAAAUUUCUCGCUUCUGAAAUCUGUAAUAUUCAAGUCACACGUACCGGUAGCCACUUUCAGAAAAUUUCAGUGUUAUUAGUGGUGUUAUAUUUUUGAGCCGUUUGCUGGUUUUGUUCACCAACUCGACAAUCUUCAGAAAACGGAACGAUCUGCAUCAUGAGUUUAAGAGGUCAGUCUGGAAAACAACAAAAAGCGGAUGAAAAAGUUCACGUUGCUAUAAGAUGUCGUCCUUUAAAUGAAAAUGAAAAAAGAGGACGAAUUAAAAGUGUUGUGGAAACAAAUAUAAGAGAUAAAGAAGUUCGAGUAUGCUGCAACAACAAUUUGGAUAAGACUUACAAAUUUGACAAGACAUUUGGGCCUUCAAGUAAGCAGGUUGACAUCUAUCGUAGUGUUGUUGAACCUCAUAUUGAUGAAGUUCUUGCAGGAUAUAACUGCACUGUUUUAGCUUAUGGCCAAACUGGCACAGGAAAAACUUUUACGAUGGAAGGAGAGCGAUCUGGAGAUCUUGAUUAUACGUGGGAGAAUGAUCCAUUGGCUGGUAUCAUACCAAGGACCUUGAGUCAAUUGUUUGACAGACUAGAAAAGGAAAGUGCGGAAUUCAGUAUUCAUGUAUCAUUGUUGGAAAUUUAUAACGAAUUAAUUUAUGAUUUGCUUUCACCGACUGAUGAUCCUGUGUUGAGAAGAAUUUAUGAUGACAGCAAUAGAAAGGGAUCAGUAAUAAUCGCUGAUCAGACUGAGAUCAGAGUGUUGAGCAAGUCAGAUGUUUAUGAUAUUCUGGUUCGUGGAGCGACAAAGAGAAGAACUCAUGCUACUGAAAUGAAUGAAUUCUCCAGCAGAUCUCACAGUGUUUUCACCAUCACGGUACACUUAAAGGAGUUAACAAAGAAUGUUGGAGAAGAAAUGGUCAAGAUUGGAAAACUUAACUUGGUUGAUUUGGCUGGAAGUGAAAAUAUUGGAAGAUCUGGUGCAGUUGAUAUGAGAGCAAGAGAAGCUGGAAAUAUUAAUCAGAGUUUGUUAACUCUCGGUAGAUGUAUCACAGCUCUAGUGGAUCAUGCUCCUCACGUUCCAUAUAGGGAAAGCAGACUGACUAGGAUUUUGCAAGAUUCACUCGGUGGAGCCACAAAAACAUCCAUUAUUGCAACGAUAGCUCCUGGUUUGGACAAUCUAGAAGAAACAUUGAGUACAUUGGAUUAUGCUUCUCGUGCCAAAAAUAUUCAAAACAAACCGAAAGUAAAUCAGAGAAUGAUAAAGAAGACUUUGAUAAAGCAAUAUGACAAUGAAAUCGAGAGACUUCGUCGUGAACUUGUGGCAACAAGAGAGAAGAAUGGUGUAUGCAUGGACAAGAAACAAUACGAUGAAAUGACUGAGAGACUUGAAGAACUGGAAACAACGGUCAAACAAAGACAAGAAGAACUUGAUAAUUACAAAGAACUUUUUACUGGGGUUUCAGAAGAACUCAGGAUCAAGUCUGAGGAAUAUCUGGUCUUACAAGGAGAAUUUCAUGAAACUCGACAACAAAUGCUUGAACAAUCUCAUCUUGCUGUCGUCAAAGGAGAGCACGGGAUACAGACAGUAAAAGAUGGAUUGGAGGUUGUAGCAGUCACUGACGAGGUGACAGACAAUAUUGAUAAAGUUCACAAUAAAGUUGAUAGAAUGAAACAUGCAGACAACGCAAAUGAAACAGCUGCUAAAAAUCAUUGCACAAGAAUUUCAAAUAAAGCUGAAGGUCUGAACUCACAAACCAGUGAAAUUAUACAGAUGAAUAAACUUUACAUGGAAAAUUCAAUCAAGAAUCUCGAUGCAAUGAGUGAGCGACGCACAAGAGAGAAAAAUGAAUUUGAUCAGAUGUUGUUGGAAUUUCAAACUUCAGUCGACCAAAGUGUGAAGGAUUGUAAAGACACUCUUACUGUUGUAGUAAGUGAAACUGAAGAUAAAAUAAAGGACCAGAAUGAUUUCUUGACAGAAAAAGAGGAACAAAUGAACGCAGCUCUGAGUAGAUUCCAAGAGUCAUGUACAUCUCGAAUGGCAGAAAUGCAUAAAAAAAUACAAGCUACAUUGAAAAUUGCUUCCGAUAUGGAUUCUUUUUUCAGAAAACAGAUGAUGAAACAACAUGAGAUGAUAACACAAGAAUUUGAGAAAAAUCAGGAGAAGUUGAUGGAAGAAGUUUUAAACACAAUUAAAAGCCAGUUUGCAUCCAGUGUCGAGAGCUAUAAUUCUAAGGCAGAAGAGCUAAAAGAAGAAUUGGAAAAAGAAUCUGAUAUUUUCAUGCAGAAGACCCAAAGCAGCUUACAAGGAAUCGAAGAAAGUUUUGUUGAAACAGUUCAGGAAUCUCUACAACAUGGUGAAAGUACAAGUAAUCUGAUGCAACUCUGCAAUUCGAAAGUUGAAAAUAUUUCUGCAAACAUUAUGGAAGAUAUGAGAGACACAGAAGAAAAAGUACAAGCGAUAGUCGAUGAUGAUAAUGAAACUGCCACUACCUUCUGUACUUCUGCUAAGAACUUGAUAGAAGAGAGUGUACAGAGCAAUGAAAAAGACAUUGCAAGUUUGCAGGAUAUGAUGACCAGUUCUAGCAAAUUGCAUGAUCAAAUAUCAACGGUUGUUACAGAUGGAACCACAGAAUUAACAACAAUAACUGAAGAAUUCUGUGAUUCGGAAUUGAUACAUGUCAAACCUACAGGAGAAACACCAGCAAGAAAAGAUUAUUCGUACCCUAAAAAUUUCCAGUUCCUUCCACCCGAUGACGAAUUGUUAAAAUCUUUCAAUGAGAGAAUGCAGAUAGAAAUGGAAGAAGAAGAAGAGAGAUUGGCCAUGGAAGAGAAACUUGCGAAAGAACGAGAGCUGGCUAGUGGCAACUCGUCCAUCGAAAAUAUAUCAGAUAUUUCUGAACCUGAGAAUGUUCAAUGCGGAACCGGGAAGCCAUUCUUCAUGGCACAACAUGAACAAAAGCGUUCCAAAAAGAAUCAAAAGCAGCCAAACUCAAAAUCUCGUCUUCCUCUAAAGUCGACUCAGAACAUCCAUUAGUCGAUGAUCACAGUACUGCCGCAAUGUCCAAUGUAUCAUUUUCGUGUAAUGUGUGUAUUUGUCAAGCUUGUAUGUCAGUGAUUAAAUAUGGAUGAAAAAGGCUUACAUUGCCAUUGUAAAAAGUCAUAGGAAAACUAUUUUUCUAUGUUCAGUUCAGUCUUUGUAAUAAUUUAAUAUGAAAGCCUGAUUUGUCUUUAUUGUGAGGUCUAAGAAAUAAUCGAAUCGCCAGAUUUGGAAAAUUGUAUUUCAGUGUAUUAGUACACAAGUAGAAAAUGUUUUAAGUUCAAGGUUUUUCAACAGAAUAUAUUUUUUCUGAUUGCUUGCUUUUAUUUCAUCAUCUCAAUCUGUUGGGAGUAUUUUGAAGUUUUGAAACAUGUUUAUCCUGGUCGUGUUUUUAUUCUUCUGCAACAUUGGUAGCGCUUACAAAACAGUUGUCUUAUAAUUUUAUCUUUGUGAGCUCAGUGCUGUUUUUUGUAUAUAUAUAUUAUAUAUGCCGGGAGUUUUGCAUGGACUAACUUUGUUAAAAAUGUCAUUUCACUUCUGCUAAUAUUGUACAUAGGAUUAUCACCAGUUAUUUACUUUUCGGACUAACUCUAUGUGUGGUACCAUCUGUUUAGCAUAUAUGUAUCACUGCCAGUACCCAAACUUCUAUGUAAUCUACUGCGAUUUGGAUUUUUUCAAGAUUUGAUCAUCAGUAACAAAAUUACAUGCAAGAUUUACUGGUUCGUGAUGAAAUCGCAGUAAUUCUAUUUACUGCCUUCUGUUCUUCAUUUUCUGCCUCUUGUUGUGCUUUGUUUUUCAAUUUAGGACUUAUUUGAUUUUGUUAUUCCAAUGAUUGUGUGGAAAUAUAAUCUCAAAUUUCACAACA